AAUCUAUAAUUCAAAUCAGGAUGCUGUGUAUAUACCACAGGCGAAAUUUUAUUAGGGCAGAAAAUGAACACAGCUGCUUUUAACAGACGGUUUAGUUUUGUAUUGUUUAACAUCCGAUCCACAGCUAUAGUCAUUUAUUGAGGGCCUCUUCAAACGGACUUGGGAAAAGUGAAUGCAUUUUAUGUCGGGAUACUCUUACAACUUUAAAAGACAGUUUUAUAAAAUCGCUCUAGCAGAGAAAUGCCGGCUGCGACCGACGAAGCGGGCUUAGCCUCACUACAGAUUCUACAAGACAACUUAGGUGAGAUAGGAGAUGAGGUCGGUGCAGAUCAGGAUGACUUGGCCUUCCUCAAACAGUUUCUGGAGAGUCCUUUAUUGGAGUCUUUAGUUCAGGCCCAAGACCGCCUGGAACAAGAUCCCGAGGACCAGCCGAGUGACGAUUCAGCUAGCAAGAUGGUCGCAGACUGUAUCAACGAUAUCGCCAGUUUAGGGACCGACUCUCAAGCUGUGGAGCUGGAAAAACUUCUCUCUUCGCCAAACUUUACAGCCGUGAUGGCUGCGUAUGACGACGUUGCAGACAAGAACUACGAGGAAGACGUGAACGACGUGACACAGUUAAGUGCCCCACCACCGCCCAUGGUCUUCAACAAUGUCGCCGACCAAGUCCGACUUGUAGGAAUCCGCAAGGACAAAAAUGCUCCCCUGGGAAUCACAGUGAAGAUUGAUGAGCACAGCGACCUCGUCAUCGCACGAAUUAUGGCUGGCAGCAUGAUAGACAAACAAGGUUUACUCCAUGUAGGAGACAUCAUCAAAGAAGUCAAUGGUCUCCAGGUGUUCUCCCCGGAACAGCUCAUGGAGAUUAUCCGCUUCACAGAGGGAUCCAUCACUCUCAAAAUUGUCCCAACAGUCGUGGACCCUCAGAUUAAAUCACAGAAAUACAUGCGUGCACACUUUAACUAUGACCCCAAGAAGGAUCGUCUGAUUCCCUGUGCUGAUGCCGGCCUCACCUUCAGUGAUGGAGAUGUUUUACAAAUUCUCAGUUCAGAAGAUCCAAACUGGUGGCAGGCGAGAGUGGUAACAAAGGAUGAGGAUGGACAGACAGGCCUGAUUCCUUCACAGCCCUUGGAGGAGAAGAGAAAAGCCUUCGUACAACCCGACUACGACUACUCCAAAUCUAGUUUAUUGUGUGGUUUAAAAAGAAGGAAGAAGAAAAAGAUCAAAUAUGCAACUAAAAAUACUACAGAUUUUGACAGAUGUGACUUGACAAUUUAUGAAGAGGUUGCACGUAUGCCACCAUUCGAGAGGAAAACACUAAUUAUUGUCGGAGCGAAUGGCGUCGGCCGUAGAUCACUCAAAGAAAGACUCCUCAAAGAUGAUCCUCGCAGAUUUGGGGCCGUCAUGCCACAUACCUGUCGCGAUAUGAGAGAUGGGGAGGUGAAUGGUAAAGGCUACUAUUUUACGGACCGUGAGACAAUGGAGGAUGACAUUAAGGCGGGACUUUACCUGGAGUACGGUGAAUACAACGGAAAUUUGUACGGCACAAAGAUAGACUCUAUAAACCAUGUCACAAGUGCGGGGAAAAUGUGUGUCCUCGAUGUCAACCCCACGUCGCUGAAAAUCCUUAAGACAGCUGAGUUCAUGCCAUUUGUGGUGUUCAUAGCGGCACCCAGCGCAGAAGCUCUUAAACGGAUGUAUGACUAUGGCCGACAGAAAGGCAUUGUUGUGCGGAGAGGGAAAUCUGGAGCUGGAAAAAUUGAUUUAAAAACCGACGACGACUAUCGCAAGGCAGUCGAAGAGAGCGCCCAGAUUGAACGAGUCUAUAAAGGGUUGUUUGACAUGACAAUUGUCAACGACAGUUUCGAGGACGCAUACAAACAACUGAGAAUGGCACUCAACGACCUUGGCACAGAGUCACAGUGGGUCCCUAUCAACUGGGUUUACUGAACUCUCCUAAAGGUUAAAGGUCACCAAGGUCAAUGCAGGUUCAGGCAAAGCCUGUUAUAGCAAAUUAUGGUGAACAUUAAUUUUGGAUCUGAGCCUCACAACAAACUUAAGGGAAUUUCCAGCCAUAUGUCACUAGAAAAGAUUUGCCUUGACCUUGUCCUUCACAAGGUCACCAUUAGACCUUGACCUUCACAAGGUCACCACUUGACCUAGACCUUCACAAGGUCACCAUUCAACACGAGCCAAUCACCACAUGUUUGCCUUAUUCACUUUGGACAGAAUGUUGGGAAGCCGGCCAAAAUCGUCCAGCACCUGGUAGGACAUCUUGUUCUAUCAAGUAGCAUUUAUUCAAAAUAUGCAUUGAAUUAUUAUUUUAUUUCACUGUAAAACAGGUUGAAAGUGGUUUUUCUUUGGUUGUUGAACAGACUAAUGUUUACAUACAUGACAAAUACUAAUAAUGGUUAUUAACCUGGAAAGUUUUCAUUUGGUAUUGAAUUAAAUUCUUAGUCAUCUGUUGAAUUCUUACAGUAAAACCCUUUUAAUAUUUGUGAAAGAACAUAAAACUGAUUUAUUUUGACCUCGGUACAUUCUACUUCUCUGUAUCAACUGGUUGUCUUGAUAUCUACAAUAUAAUUAUAAUCUUAAUAUAAAUUAGCUGAUAAUGUAGUUCUAUAAUUCAAAUUAUGUGAUAAAAUUAUAAUAGAUUUCCAAUCAUUUUGAAAUCAGGAUGAAAUAGAGUGAAAGUUGCUACAUUAUACUGAUAAAGAUAAAUUAUGAUCAAUUGAAAAAAAUAAUAGGUUCUUCUUUUAUCAAUAGGCUAUUGUUGUUCUUUUAACAAAAGACUAUUAUUCUUUUUUAAAUAAUACAAAAUUGACAUACUUAACACUAUUUACACCUUUAAAAAGUUUGAGCUUCUUAUUUUAUCUUUAGAUUUGAAUUAAACGAAAUUAUUUGCAUUCCAAAGAAAUUUGACCGUGCUUUGCCAUUAUAUAUUUAAUAUUUAGUCUGAUGAGCAUAAAGUAUUACGAUUUAAGGUAUACAUUAGAUAUAUUUCCUUAACAUGGGUGCCAUUUUAUGCCUGUUUAGAGAAAAAUAGCCCAGUAAAGAUUGCACUUGUCAAAAAUGUAGCAUUCUUUCAAAUUGAUGACAGGAAAUGUUUGAUUUGAAUUGUCCAGUAAUCUGUUAGACGUGACAAUAGUUUUGUGUUCUGGUGGCCUGUAACAGUUUAAGACUUUAUAGUCACUCUUGAUAAAAUCAACAGAAACAGUCUUAGGUGUAGUAUCCUCGUCAGAUCCUACAACGUAAUGUACUUUUAUGUGAAGGAUUUCAAAAAUGUGGCGGUCUAGAGGAAAAGAUUCAAUAUAAUCCAAACAGGAAUAUAUGGACAAGACUGAUUUCUGUAAAGGAAUUAUAACGAGGAAUAAUUAUUAAUUAAAGGAGAAAAUCAUAUCAAAGUUAAUUAAUUUAUAAUUAUUAAUUAAAGGAGAUAGUCAUAUCAAAGUUAAUUAAUUUAUAAUUAUUAAUUAAAGGAGAUAGUCAUAUAAAAGUUAAUUAAUUUAUAAUUAUUAAUUAAAGGAGAUACAUAAAAUGUAAUCAUAUCAAAGUUAAUUGAUUUAUAAUUACUAAUAAAAAAAUUGUCAUCUUCUAUAUUUUUUUAAGAAAGAAUCAGUUAAUAUAAUAUCAAAAUUUAUCUAAUGUAGGAAAAAUUAUCAUAUUAAAACAUUUUUUAUUUCUUUUUAUGAAGAAAGACUUAAUCAAGAAUGCAUGAAUUAAUUAAUGUGUAAGAAAUAGAUGCAGGAAAUAUGCUUGUUUUUCUUGGGACACUGAAUGGUUUAUGUUGAUGUACAAUGCAUGACUCUCCUCGAGGUAUGUGUUGGAUGUGGUGAUAUUGUAAAUGAGGAAGAAAUAUUUAAAUAAUUUAGGCAAGGAAAGGAUUAAAAGAGAAAGUAUAUACAUCUUUAUUUCGUUAAACCGUUGUCAGUUUGUAUUUGUCAAAGUACUUGCAUUUAAAUCAAACAGAAAUAUAUUGUUCUCUGAGGAACAGUUUUCUGGGAGAGGCCUGUUUGUAGCUGCAGGGAAACCUCUAAAUAUUGUUUGAAAAUUAUUUAAGGUCAGACUUCAUGACAAUUUAACAUAUAAGGGAAAGAAAAAAAAUAUAUCUCAAAAUCGUAAUUUUUUUUAUUUACGGUAUUCAACUUAGAGGAUAAAUUAUCAUUUUUUUUUUAAUUAUAAAAAGAAAAUAUAAUUUAAACAAUCAGAACUUACUCCUUUUCCGGAAUAAGAAUAUUUAUAUCUUAUCGGAAUUGUGACCAGAAAAAAUUUGAAUUACAGAAGAAGAGUUUGUGAGGAAAUGUGUUGGAAAGUCUUCCUAUUUAUCUCGCUAUAAGGAAGAAUCAACAUUGUAACUAGAUUUAUGUUUCUUUUUCCAUUUAAUUAUUCUUUAGGGAUAUCAUGAUCAGUGCACAGAAAAAAAUAUGUAGAUAUCCUUAAUCAUUUUUUUUUUCUUGUACAAACUAAUUUUAUGUGAAAUAUGCAGCUUAAAGGCAAGUGCUGCUGGUUACAAAAUGGUUGGCCUAAUUUGUGACUGGUGACCUAAUUUUAUGUUAUUGACCUACUUUUUCAUUUUGUUGACCUAAUUUUACCAUGUUGACCUAAUUUCAUUCCAUUUGUAUAUUUUUGUCCUGUUGAUUUAUAAUAUUACCUCAUCUUCUGUAGAGAUUCCAGUUUUAUGAGAUGUUUGUUAAACUUGUAAAACCGUUUUUUGGGAUGCGAGUCCUCAGUCUUCGUAGAUGCUUAAUUUUAUGCAUACAAAAUAACUUACCAUGGGUAUAUUUUUGGGAAGGAGCCUCCUCUUGUCGAUGCGUUUCAAAAUUGUUCUGGUAUGGUGCAUCACAGAAAAAAAUCACAGGUAUGCAUUAUAAACCGAAAAAACAUUCUCCGUUUUCCCCAGUUUUUAUCGACAGCUGUUCAUAAGAUAAAGGUACUGCUAUUUCUGAUGAGAUUUUCCUCCUCGUUGAUUUACAAACCUUUCAGUAUUGUCAGCGUAGAUCAGAACUGUCACACGACC